AUGCGUCUCACAAACGUCCUCGUACCUGUCCUGUCAGUCCUCGCAGGACUACAAGGUGCAAAAGCAGGUCUUAUCGCGUACGGGCUUUGCCAGACUGGAUGCAACACCGUCGCGGGCGCCUGUUACGCUGCCGCAGGAUUCACCUUUGGCACGGUCAUCGCUGCGCCUGCUACACCUGCUGUUAUCUUGGGGUGUAAUGCGGCCCUUGGGACUUGUUCUGCCAUGUGUGCUACCGUGGCUCUUCUAGCCCCGACCCCUUGA